AUGGGUCUCUCUGUCGGCGGCUCCUGUCUGAAAUGCCUUGUUUUCUUCUUCAACGCACUCGUUUUCGUAAGUUCUAUUUUAAUUUAGUCUUGGAAAUUUUUUUCAUUAGCCCGUUUCCUCCCUCCUCAAUAACAAAUCGUAUGCCUAACAUUGCCCCAAGAUAAUGGUUGGCUUGUCGUAUUUGCGGUGUGUUCUUGACUAGUUUCAACUCCACCUUCACCGGCUACACGAUACACUCAACCUGCUAAAGAAAUAGUUAAUUUCGCCUACCUUAUGCUCAAAAAUCAGGUUUAUUUGGAAAGGCAGAUUAUUUUUUUGUUUUUUCACCAGAUUUGUUCUUUGUAACGAGAUUUUGGGCUUAAUUAAUUUUCGCCUUCAGACUUGAAUGUUUAAAAAGAGAGGAGGUCAGAUUUGCGCGAAAGAUGCAAUUUUCAGGAUUUGUGACCGACAGUUAUGUGGCCUGCAUGGGAACACGCAAAAUAUAAACAAUGGAUGAGACCAGUUGCUUUAAGAAAUUUACUAACACAUUUGUCACCUCAAAUGCUAUCUCCCCGGCUGUAAUAUGUGGUUAUGUAGUCUUACCUGAUGGACACAUUACUGUUACAGUUAGUGUUAUGAGUUAUGGUUAGGGGUAAGGGAAACUAUCUCUCAACAACUCAAAGUACAACCGCGCAUUUCUAAUAGCUUUUUCUUGUAUACAACUUCUUGACCUCGUCGCCUGUGCGUCGUCCGACCCCACCUUUAAAAACCCCUAUUAUCAUCGGUCCCGUCUUACAGAGGGCUGGGGUUUGCUUACUUCAAGUGGGGCUACACAACCACAUCUGACCCCCUUCCCCCGACAACCAACUUCGCGUGAAACACUUCCAUUUCGCCUGUAUUUUGAAGAUGACAUAGAUUUAGUAAAGGAAGACCCACAGAAAUUGUGGUUUGCCUGUCAUGUUUUUUGUUUAGUCUAACUAACUUCAAUCACACCGAUCUUGUGUUUCAGGUUGGCGGAGGCAUUCUUUCCGGAUUUGGUAUCUACCUCGUGAUUGAAUCUACAAAAUCUACUUCUACGCAGACAAUAGGCGUAUCAGCCUUUGUGCUUGCCGUCGGUCUUCUUAUCUUUCUGCUCGGUUUCCUUGGUUGCGUUGGUGCUUGCACAGAAAAUGUCUGCAUGCUAAAAACAGUAAGCCAGCAGAAGGAAAUCACAUUCGCUACGAUUUAGUUCGCUGUAAUAAUUGGAAUCCUGGUAAUACUUGAAAUUAUCGCGGCCAUUCUGAUCUUCGUAUACCGUGGGAAGGUAAGUUUUCUGGUACUUGCAAAUGUUUUUUUUCAGAUUAAAGAAAUUGCCACGAAGGGUCUUCAGUACCAGAUUGACGAGAUAUUGUCCGGUAGCAACGUGGUUACAGAAGAAACAAAAAAAGCCCUUGAUGAAUUACAGAGUCAUGUAUGAGUGAAAUUCCUAAAGUUAUGCUUGCUGAUAUAGCUAAAAUGUUGUGGAGGUGAGGGACCUGGCGACUGGAAAGGUCACAUACCGGCCUCUUGUUGCGCAUCCGGCAGUGCAAAUUGUUUAAAUCCGUAUCCUCAGGUAAGACAGAAAUCCAAUUUUUUAAGUCUCGUUUCUACUUCCGGUAAGUGAGGAGGUCUCUGGAUGGGGUUCAGAUCUGUAGGUCCGAAAUUAGUAUCUAGCAAGUAUAAAGUGAUAGUGUUUUCAUUUUAACAAUAGAUACAAGAUGUUGAUUUGCACUUUCUGCGAAAUGUCCAAAUCUGUUUUGAACAUCCCGAGUUAUGCUUUACAUUCGUGACAAAUGAUUGUUGGGCAAAUAAGAGGCGAUCAGUGUUUCAGUCUUUAUUUGCUGAUAUUUAUUUGUUCAUUUAUCAGUAAAUUAGUCUAUUGUUUCCUUUAAAUUUUACUGCAAAAUUGUUUUGUGAAAUACAUACAUUAAAAAAGAGGCGAAAAUAAGAAUCCACAAGCCACACCUAGAAUUAAGGCUAUUUUUAAAUUUCCAAAUGUGCAAUAAAAUACUUGCGAAUGGUUUAACUAUGAAGAUUCUUAAUUACUGGUUUUGAUUUUCUCUGCUUAUGUCCUCACUUCCAUAUGAUCUUUGCAAGGGCUGUGCUGAGGCUUUAUACAACGCGGUAAAGGAUAAGACGCUUGUGAUGGCCAUCAUUAUAGUCGUGCUCGCUGUCCUCGAAAUCGGUGCCAUUAUUGCCGCCUGUGUUCUGGCACACAAAAUAAAUGCUAAGUAA